AUGCAUCAUAAGAAAUCAGAAGCUCAGAUCGGAAAAGAAAGCAUUGGCGUCUCUUCCGAUUUCAAUCCAAUCUCAGGCGCAGCACCACCACCGCCACCUUCUUUCUCUUCUUCAAUUUCGCACCAAUUCAACCACAUCUCUCAGUUUCCUCACUACCCAUCUCAACAUUUGCCCCAAAAUGACCCUCCAAUCCCUCAAACCACACCUUACAAGCGACCCCUUUUGACCCAAACCCACUCCUCCCUCUCCAAAUCCCCAACCCUUUACAAAUUCCCACCGCCCCCGAAGAACCCACCUCUCUUUUCCCCUUCUCUUGCCGCCAAAACCGCCUUUUUUCGCCUCAUCCGCCGCGUCAACCGCCUCCGCCGCCUCCUCCUAUUGCUCUGUCUGCCAUUCUUUUACUUCUUGGUCUCUCACCCAAGCCACUCUUUCUUUCUUGACUUUCUCUCCGCUUUUGCUUUCUCUUCUGCAUUGUUGUUCUCGCUCAAUCUCGCCCUCCCUCGCCUCCCAUCAAUACGGCUUUUCCUAGCCAGGUCUUUCCCAAUCAAGCUCAAGACCUCGUCUUCCUUGUCUAGACCGCCUUUGCCGGUGUUUUGGUCAAUUGGGUCUCGCCCAAAAGCCGAGAACGGAGGAAAUUCGGGUUGUUGGGUUCAGGUUUAUGGCAACGGAGACGUGUAUGAGGGUGAGUUUCACAAGGGACAGUGUUCAGGAAGUGGGGUGUAUUACUAUUACAUGAGUGGGAGGUAUGAGGGAGACUGGGUUGAUGGGAAAUAUGAUGGUUAUGGUGUAGAGACAUGGGCAAGAGGAAGCCGGUACCGUGGGCAGUAUAGGCAGGGUCUUAGAUAUGGUUUUGGAGUGUAUAGGUUUUACACUGGUGAUGUUUAUGCUGGGGAAUGGUCUAAUGGGCAGACUCAUGGGUGUGGAAUUCAUACCUGUGAGGAUGGGAGUAGAUAUGUUGGGGAAUUCAAGUGGGGCGUCAAGCAUGGCCUUGGUCACUACCAUUUCAGAAAUGGGGAUACAUAUGCUGGAGAAUAUUUUGCGGAUAAAAUGCAUGGGUUUGGAGUCUAUCGAUUUGCAAAUGGACAUAGGUACGAGGGAGCCUGGCAUGAGGGUAGAAGGCAAGGGCUUGGUAUGUACACGUUCAGAACUGGGGAAACUCAGGCUGGUCACUGGCAAAAUGGAGUCCUUGAUGUUCCAAGCACACAAAAUGCAACUUAUCCCGUAUCUCCAGUUGCUGUUAAUCAUUCCAAAGUACUCAAUGCGGUACAGGAAGCACGAAUAGUGGCAGAGAAAGCCUAUGAUGUCGCCAAGGUGGAUGAAAGAGUGAACAGGGCUGUAACAGCAGCUAAUAGGGCAGCAAAUGCAGCUAGAGUAGCAGCAGUGAAAGCUGUCCAGAAACAAAUGCAGCACAAUAGUAGCAGUGACAGCAUACCAAUUCCAAUUUUAUGA